CUCUACUUUGUGCGCAUGGGCAGAGAAACUACCGCUUGUUAUUAUUGUAAGAAUAAUUCCUCUUAGAAAAUGGCGUCGAGUCAGGGAGGUGUGGGAGCUGUAACGGCUCUUCCAAACCAUCACUUAUCCAACGGACCUCACUGGAACCCGGGAAUCAACCAGCAUCAGCUCCACACGGCCCGGAGUUUAGACCGCGCUCUGGAGGAUGCUGUGUGCUCAGGGACGUUGAAUCUUAGCGGGAGGAAGCUGAGAGACUACCCUGGACUGUGCUAUGAUCUUACUGAUACAACGCAGGCAGAUCUGUCGAAGAACAGGCUCACAGAGAUUCCCCCAGAGGUGUGUCUGUUUGCCCCCCUCGAGUCCCUCAACCUAUACCACAACUGCAUCAAAUGCAUCCCAGAAACCAUCAUCAACUUGCAGAUGCUGACCUAUCUCAACAUCAGCCGGAACCUUCUCUCAACAUUGCCAAAAUACCUGUUUAGCCUCCCCCUCAAAGUGCUGGUGGUGAGCAACAACAAGCUAGUGUCCAUCCCAGAGGAAAUUGGGAAGGCCAAAGAGCUGAUGGAGUUGGACAUCAGCUGUAAUGAGAUCCAGGUGCUGCCCCCUCAGGUGGGGAGGCUCCAGGCCUUACGGGAACUCAACAUCAGGAGGAACUGUCUUCACAUGCUGCCUGAGGAGUUGGCGGACCUGCCACUCACCAGACUAGACUUCUCCUGCAAUAAGAUCACAGAGAUCCCUCCUGUCUACAGGAGACUCAGGCAGCUGCAGCACAUCAUCCUCGACAACAACCCUAUGCAGUCCCCACCUGCACAGAUCUGCCUGAAGGGCAAGGUGCACAUCUUUAAGUACCUGAACAUCCAAGCAUGUAGGUUGAAUAAGAAGCCUGACUCUCUGGACCUCCCCUCCCUGGGCAAACGCUGCCUUCCCCAGCCUCUGACCGACAGCAUGGAGGAUUUUUACCCCAGUAAGAACCACGGUCCUGACUCUGGUAUCGGCAGUGACAACGGGGAUAAAAGACUGUCUACGACGGAGCCUUCUGACGAUGACACCAUCAGCCUGCACUCUCAGGUCUCAGAGACGGCCCGCGCCGACGCGCUCUCUCUCCUCUCCAAGAUGGACUCAGGCAAAGAUCAGGAACCCUAUGACUUCAUCGAGCCCAACCCAGAGGAGGAUGCUGCCCUGUCUGAGGGGGACGGGCAGCAGAGUGGUGGACCCUACAUCUCCUGUAUAAAGGAAUUGGAGAAGGUUCUUAACAAGUCACACCAAAGCAAAGAUAAGGAAAGCUGGAAAGAAGAGUCUGGCUCUGAUAAAGAUCAGCUAGCUGAGGAGGAGGAAGAAGAGGAGGAGGAGGAAGAGCUGAAGGAGGUGCUGGACCUGAGGAAGAUUGCCGUCCAGCUCCUGCAGCAGGAGCAACAGAACAGGUUCCUUAGUCACUCUGGCAGCUCCGGCAGCAAACAAAGGUCCCCCUCUCAGGCUAUCCGCAGUGCCUCUCUGGAUGAAGGGAGCAGUGGCACGGCAGUGCUGAGUGGGCAGGACCCUGACUUCACAGACGACGACGUCGCUUUCUCUGAGCCCUCCUCUUCAUGCUCCUACGAUGGCAGCCUGAAGUCCGAGUCAGACACGGAGCCAAAGUGGCCAGAGGUUCCACCUGUACUCAACCAGAACGAGGAGCGCAGGAGGAACAAGUAUCUGAGGAAAGAUUAUCUGAAGAACAAGUGCCAGAGUGCCCGACGAAACUCCAGCGGGAAUGACGAGUGUGAGGAGGUAUUGCGGAAUGCUGAUUUCAGCACCACCCUCACAGUGUUUGGCCUUAAACCAAGAUCAGCUUUUUGUCGAAGCAGCCGUCAGGAGCCGUCAGACCCCAGUUUCACCAUGAGGAGGAAGAUGGAACACCUAAAGGAGGAGAUGGAGCAGGUUGGCCUCCUACGGCAGAACCUGGAGUCCAGACUGAAGGUCUUGCUGCCGGACGAUGUGGGAGCUGCUCUGAUGGAUGGCGUUGUCUUGUGCCAUCUGGCCAAUCACAUUCGUCCUCGGUCGGUGGCCAGCAUCCAUGUACCCUCGCCCGCAGUGCCAAAGCUUAGCAUGGCCAAGUGCCGCAGGAAUGUGGAAAACUUCCUGGAUGCCUGUAAGAAGCUGGGUGUACCACAGGACAAGCUGUGUUUGCCCCACCACAUCCUAGAGGAGCGUGGGCUGGUGAAGGUGGGCAUGACCGUCCAGGCUCUACUGGAUCUGCCAGCCUCCAAGCCCACCCAGCUGUCUGCUGUCUAACAGCAGCCUGGACACUGCCUCCACCCUCCCUGUCCAGUCCAAUCAAGCCAUUCGCCCCCCCAGCCCUACACCCCACAGAGGAGGGGGCUUCCAGCCCGCUCCGCUCAUCACCAGAGAACCCUUAGGGCCGAGGGCCCGGGGGGUUGCAGGGAGUCCAUUGUCAGCUGAUUGAGCCAGGAGAAGGAGGGGUUAAUUAAGAUCCACCCACCCUUCCUAUAUGAUGUCAGCUGGGACCCGCCUCCCAUCCAUCAGAUUGUUAGCUUCUGUCAUGUCCUACCCUCAGGGGACCCUACUGUACUGUGUGUGUGUAGAGUACCAGUGUGACUGUCUGUGUGACCUGCGCAGUGUGGACUUUAUGAGUGCUGGUGAAACUAAAGCCAGGUCAGAGGUCAGACUAAGGAGGGAAUCGCAGUGAAGAUAAAGACCUGUCUGUCACCAUGGUGAUAUUGACUUACCCAUGAUCAGACACCAUUGAACCUAGUGGUGCCAACACUGAAGUCACUGGGUUUUCAACUCUCGGUAUUAAAAUACAUUGGUAGUGAAGUGAUAGCUGUUUUAAAGGCAUGUACUCACUCUUUCACUCAGAGAACUUAACUGCAUGCUGGCCCACCAGCCAUACCACAUAACUCAAGUGGUCCUUAACCUCUUUGACUUUUCUUUGUAGAACAAAUUAGCAUUCAAAUUGGAUUUUGAGUCAUAUUUGUACAAGAGCAUUGUGUUCUAUCACAGUAUACCUCUGUUUGAUAUCACAGAGGUAAAGUUUGGGAUGUCCUUAACAGUGCUUUACCUCAGAGGAGCCAGCAGUAGCUAAACCCCAGUGCACACACUUCUUACAGUUUGCAUUUGACUAGAAUUAUUGUACUGUCAAUAACAGUGCUAUUUGGGGGAAGAAUGCUAAGUUGACUUUUAAAAGCAUGGUGUCCAUGAUUCAGAUGGAGGUUAAAACUGCAGCACAUCCGGAUAGAGACUUUCUCACCUGCACAAGGUUGCUGAUGGUGUUGGUCUCAUGUCCAGUGACCCAUCUGUCUACUGCUCUGCUGUGGUGAAGGGAGGAUGCUCUGAGGUACUGCAGGUGGUUUUGAUAGCUCACCACACUGUACAGUAUAUGAGAGAGCUAUCCCACUGUCACAGGACCUUCUGUCAAAUGCAGACAUAAAGACAUGACUACUGUGACUGCAUGUAGUUUUGAUUUGAAUCACAUGUUCAUUCUGAAUAGGACUAGUUGAAAGCACAGGGGUAUGUAGUUGGGAGAUUGUACCAUAUACACUUACAAUCCUGAGAUUGUAUCUUUUGGUCAUUUGAUGCAAUGAAACAUUUAAAAAAAUAAUAAUAAUAAUAAUUAUGUUGAAAUAUUUCAUCUUUAAGUUUACAACUUGCUCCUCUGGUUGGAUUCACAUCUGCAAAAUGUCAAAUAAGGAAAACAAAAUAAGCAAUUAGGUGAUCCCAUAGAUUAAUCUUGACCAUUGAAAUAUUUUAUCAGGGAAACUAUUUAUCUAUUUAUUUUUUCUAUUUAUGUGCUUUGUUUGUUUGUGUUUCACCCCUGAUGACCCCCUUAAGUUAUGUGACAGGAGUUUUCAGCUCCAAACUUAUGAUAUUGUCCUGCUUUAAUGCUGCAUUUGUAAAAAUACAAAUAGUGGGAAGUGGUAAUUUACCACCAUAGAGUUAGAUAGAGGACUCUAGCUUGAUAAAAACCUGUUUUGGCAUUGCCAUUGAGGGCAUCACCAUUUUUAAAGGAGUCAACUGGGUGGGACUUCCUGUGGGUGAAGGAAGGAUCACAUCAUUCCAUCUGGGUCAUCAGGAGGGAUCAGCCAAUAUUACUCAUGAGCAAACAUUCCAUAACUCUAGGUGGCAGUAAAUCGCCAACCUUGGCUUUAUACCUGUUCAAACAACACACUUUAGAUGGCAGUAUGCACCCUUUCAGUUUCUCACAGAAGUAGUAGAUUAAGAAAAUUGACAACGGCCUCAAUGGCGCUGCCCGUGCUCUGAGGCCAUAAUGGAACAUGUAUAAAGAUCUCUACCAUUCUCUAUGUUUACCACAUACGACUAGGAAAAAUACAUUUGAACAGCCCUCCAAUUGGUAAUUACUAGUAGAAAACUUGUCUCAUCCUUUAGUGGGAGGUAGGAAUUGACCAGUUGUGAAAUCGUAAAUACCAGUUGGAUGCAUUCAUGUGCCUUGAUCUCGUUGAGAAACCCCCGAUUGGCUAAUAGCCAAAAAGCUGUCUCAAACAUUAACUAAAAGUAUAGCUAUCAGGUUUGUAAACAAAUUAUAGUGUUUAAAAACCAUAUUAAUAUAUUAGCAUUUCGGUACGGUUUGUUCUUAGGUGUCUCAAAGUCCGAUUCAAUUACCCUCAAAUUGCAGGUAAUCUAAACCAUUGUUCCUGCUGCGAAUAGUUUCACUUAAAAGGAGUUUCAUUUGGUUUCCAUUUAGUAAUGAUGGUCCUAUAAUUGCAAACAUCCAUUCCUAACUUCAAAUGUGCUUUUGUGUGGGAUGCAGGAACAAUGGUAUUUCAAAUCAAAUGUUAUUAGUUACAUGCACCGAAUACAACAUGUGUAGAUCUACAGUGAAAUGCUUACUUAUACAAGCCCCUAACCAACAAUGCAGUUUCAAAAAAAUGCAGAUGGGAAUAAGAAAUAAAAGUAACAAGUAAUGAAAUAGCAGCAGUAAAAUAACAAUAGCGAGACUAUAUACAGGGGGUACUGGUACAGAGUCAAUGUGCGGGGGCACCGGUUAGUUGAGGUAAUAUGUACAUGUAGGUAGAGUUAUUAAAGACCCAUGCCAAAUCUUUCCAGUCACCUGGGGAGGAAUAGGUUUUGUCGUGCCCUCUUCAUGACUGUCUUGGUAUGCUUGGACCAUGUUAGUUUGUUGGUGAUGUGGACACCGAGGAACUUGAAGCUCUCAACCUGCUCCACUACAGUCCCGUCGAUGAGAAUGGGGGUGUGCUCGGUCCCCUUUUUCGUGUAGUCCACAAUCAACUCCUUUGUCUUGAUCACGUUGAGGGAGAGGUUUUUGUCCUGGCACCACACGGCCAGGUCUCUGCAAUGUCCUAUUUGAUUUAAUCAGUGUUAGUCACUGAUAAACAGCAGUAUGAGUAAGGAGUUAAAUAUUUAUGUUGUCAGUAACACUGUUGUUCCCAUGUCUAUCUGUUUUUUUUAUUGUCACAUUGCCAAUGAAGCUCAUCUCUUAUUUGGUGUGUGUGCGUGGUAUCACAGUUUUUUAAUAUGCCAAGCAUUUUAUUAAUGACAUGAUGGUGGAACUACUGUAAAUACAUUACCUGUACAAGAGAGAACAUUCCAUUCUUUUAGUUGGCUUUGUGUCUGUGUUUAUCUGUUAAUUGGAACGUGCUGUGCUUGUACACACUGAAAUCCGAGCUGGCCACGGAAGCCUGCUUUGACUGACGUUUUUUUGGGAAUGUAUCUCUGAUGCAGUUCAAUUUUCGUGUAUAGAUUAUUUUAUUAUGUUCUAAGUGAUGAUUGGUGGUUUCAGUAUGUAUUCCGUUUGGCUGCCUCCCCUGUUCAGAAUGCCUUACGCGUCUUUUACCUGCCAGUGACCACCCACUGCAUCGCAAUUGCCAGAACAAGAGCUGUUGAUGUCUCUGACUCGUAAAAAGUUACUGUGUUCCCAUUUUGUUUAUCUCUAUACUCAUCCCAGAAACAUGCAGCAUAGCCCAUCUCCUCCUCUAAUUGAAAGUGCCAAGGCAACACUUCAACAAGGCUUAGUUGUAAUUAUACUCAUCAAGUAGCCUACCAAUGUGACAAGACUCUUCAAACGUUUGAGUUGGACACGGCGAUCAUUCCUUGAGCUUUUCUUGACACAAGACAUAGAAAUGUACAAUUGUUUGUUGACAGAACAUAAUUACCAGCUAUUGUUCCUUAUUCUUUAUAUCAAACAACUUUCAUACAAGCCUUAUACUUCGGUAAUCCUAAUACCAAAUUAAUUGUUCAUUCCUAAUGGGUUGCGACGUCAGAGUAUUAGUAAGCUUUGUGUCAUGGUAUAAUGUAAACCUGCCCCAUUUUCCUCCAGACCAUCCACAUUAGCCUAGUCUGCUUUCCCACUUGUCCCUCACGUCUACGUCACUCAUGCUGUUUUUAGCUUUCAAUUCUUUGAUUAAAAGAGCAGGAAGAAUCAUCUACACACUAUACUGCCGAGAAUCAUUCUGAUGUAUUCUGUACAUACAGGUUUUGUAUUUAGAAAGAAACAAUGCAUGCAAGGAUCCUGGAUGACCGAGCCCCAUGUGUGUGUGUGUGUGUGUGUAUAUAUCCUCUGAAAAAAUUGUGGUGUGUUUCUAAAAAAUAAAAAAUAAAUAAAAACAUUGGAAAACAAAGGAAAAAGAAAGUG